AAUGAUCACUGACCACCUACCGCUCCAAUAUAAAGGGACCCAUAUGAAUAUGAUCUGGCUUUUGUCAGUACAGCUGCACGCUCACUUGCAAACUAGCACCAAUGGAGCUGACGACACUGCUGCUUCUGGCCUUGAUAUCCUUCUUCUUCCUCGUCGAGCUCAUCGCCCGCUAUGCCUCGCCGUCCGGCAGGGAGAGUGCGCUGCGGCUGCCGCCCGGGCCGUCGCAGCUGCCGCUCAUCGGCAGCCUGCACCACCUCCUCCUGUCACGGUACGGCGACCUGCCGCACCGGGCCAUGCGCGAGCUGUCCCUGACCUACGGCCCCCUCAUGCUCCUCCGCCUCGGCGCCGUGCCCACGCUGGUCGUCUCCUCCGCCGAGGCCGCGGCGGAGGUCAUGAGGGCGCACGACGCCGCCUUCGCCGGCCGCCACCUCAGCGCCACCAUCGACAUCCUCAGCUGCGGCGGCAAGGACAUCAUCUUCGGGCCCUACACCGAGCGGUGGCGCGAGCUCCGCAAGGUGUGCGCGCUCGAGCUCUUCAACCACCGCCGCGUGCUCUCCUUCCGCCCCGUCAGGGAGGACGAGGUGGGGCGACUCCUCCGCUCCGUCUCCGCCGCCUCCGCCGAGGGCGGCGCCGCCUGCUUCAACCUCAGUGAGAGGAUCUGCCGCAUGACCAACGACUCCGUGGUGCGCGCCGCGUUCGGCGCGCGGUGCGACCACCGGGACGAGUUCCUGCACGAGCUCGACAAGGCGGUGCGGCUCACCGGCGGGAUCAACUUGGCCGACCUGUACCCGUCCUCACGGCUGGUGCGCCGGCUCAGCGCGGCCACGCGGGACAUGGCGCGUUGCCAGAGGAACAUCUACCGCAUCGCCGAGAGCAUCAUCCGCGAUCGCGACGGCGCGCCGCCGCCGGAGCGAGACGAGGAGGACCUGCUCAGCGUCCUUCUCCGGCUGCAGAGGAGCGGCGGCCUCAAGUUCGCACUCACCACCGAGAUCAUCAGCACCGUCAUUUUCGACAUCUUCUCGGCCGGGAGCGAGACGUCGUCGACGACGCUAGACUGGACCAUGUCGGAGCUGAUGAAGAACCCGCGGAUCUUGCGGAAGGCGCAAUCAGAGGUGAGGGAGACGUUCAAGGGACAAGACAAGCUAACCGAGGAUGAUGUCGCCAAGCUGAGCUACCUGCAGCUGGUGAUCAAGGAGACCCUACGGCUACACCCGCCAGCGCCACUCCUGAUCCCCAGGGAGUGCCGCGAGACGUGCCAGGUCAUGGGCUAUGAUGUGCCAAAGGGCACCAAGGUCUUUGUCAACGUGUGGAAGAUAGGCAGGGAAGGCGAAUAUUGGGGCGAUGGCGAGAUAUUUAGGCCAGAGAGAUUUGAGAAUAGUACAGUUGAUUUUAGAGGGGCGGACUUUGAGUUCAUCCCGUUUGGAGCUGGGCGGAGGAUGUGUCCUGGUAUAGCGCUAGGUUUAGCUAAUAUGGAGCUUGCUCUUGCUAGCCUUCUUUACCACUUUGAUUGGGAGCUUCCCGACGGCAUCAAAUCUGAGGAGCUAGACAUGACAGAGGUAUUUGGUAUCACGGUAAGAAGGAAGUCCAAGCUUUGGUUGCACGCAAUACCUCGAGUUCCCUAUAUAUCCACGUAUUGAUUAAUUAAUCUAUAGAAGCCGUGUAAUAAUGGUACCAUGAAAUUUAGUUCUUCUGUCGAAUAAAUGUUCCUAUCUCGUAAUAA